UCAUAGAGGGGUGUAGAGCUCUUCUCUGUGACUUGGAACUUGGCUUUCUUUUGAAACGCAAAACAUCAUCGACGACGACACACGCCAACACACAGAAACCAACAUUUGAACCACCGAUCCGCCAGAUGCUUCCUCUUUCCCUUCUCAAGACUGCCCAAGGCCACCCUAUGCUGGUGGAACUGAAAAAUGGGGAGACUUAUAACGGGCAUUUGGUUAAUUGCGAUACGUGGAUGAACAUUCAUCUUCGAGAAGUCAUUUGUACCUCGAAAGACGGAGAUAGAUUUUGGCGGAUGCCUGAAUGCUACAUACGAGGCAAUACAAUUAAGUACCUUCGAGUUCCUGAUGAGGUUAUUGACAAAGUUCAGGAAGAAACCAAGAGCCGUGCAGAUCGCAAACCACCUGGUGUGGGACGUGGAAGGGGAAGAGGUAGGGAGGAUGGUGCUGGUGGACGCCAAACAAAAGGAAUUGGGCGUGGUCUCGAUGAUGGUGGUGCUAAGGGAGCUGGAGGAGGGCGAGGAAGAGGUGGCCUAGGUGGAAAACCUGGUGGAAACAGAGGUGCAGGGCGAGGUAGAGGUUGAUUCAAACAAGUGAUAUGAACUACAAGUUCAGAUGGGCCAGUUUCCAAGUUUAAGAGGCAUUUGCGCUUGUCUCUUAUGCGUAUCAGCUGCAGAUUUGGUGUUUCCUGUGCAUCCUUGGAUUUUAGCUUUCCAGUGUUUUUCUUGUGUUUAUGGUAUAAAAAAAAAAAGUGUUGGUGCUAUUAUAUUACUCGAGGAAAGCUUCUAUGCCUGCAUAAUCUUUCAUACCUUCCCAAUGGCAAACUUGCUAUUAUAUUUAGAGAUGUUCCACCUGUACAUAAAUGUUUGGGGGUCUUAGCUUGAACUCAUGUUUUAGUAUUUUCUAAGGCAGUUAGAGAUGAACUGUGUCCUUCCCCUCUCAUGCUGAAUAGUGAUUCUUGCCAGUGUUGAAGGCUGAAGUAACAAUGAAACUGAUAAAAGUUGCCAGCAGAGUUUGGCUUUGUGUGCAAUUUGGUUCUCUUGUAUGUUUUGGGGAGGGGGCCAGCUGGUUGCUUUAGCUUUUCUCAGUAAGUCACCCAAUGAAUUACAAACUGAAUGGCUAUGUAUGCCCUUAGUUUUGAUUAAUUUAUUCGUGGUCAGACCCU